AGUGUAGUAAAACAAAUGGCUGGUAAUGCAGACCUCAGUUUCCCUGCUGGUGCAACCAAAGAGACCAUAAACCAAAAUCAAGAAGUUGACACAAUUGGUAACCACAAACCUAGUGCUGAUGCAAGUGGCUUAAUGCUGGCUGCUAAAUUGCCAAAGGUAUCCGUCCCCGUACGCGAGGGAGAUUCCGUGAGACGUCCACGUGGCAGGCCAGCUGGUUCCAAGAACAAGCCGAAACCGCCAAUCAUCAUCACUAGGGACAGUGCUAAUGCCUUGAGAGCGCAUGCGAUGGAGGUGAAUUCGGGGUGUGAUGUGAACGAAAGCCUAGUGAAUUUCGCGAGGAGGAAGCAACGUGGCAUAUGCGUGCUGAGCGCGACGGGGUGCGUGACAAACGUGACAUUGCGCCAACCGGCCACUUCGGGGUCCAUUGUGACACUACAUGGCCGGUUUGAAAUCCUCUCGAUGCUUGGAUCAGUCCUUCCACCACCAGCCCCACCAGGGGUAACAGGGCUGACAAUUUACUUAGCAGGUGCUCAAGGACAGGUAAUAGGUGGGGGUGUAGUAGGUGCCCUCAUCGCCUCAGGGCCGGUCGUGAUCAUGGCUGCAACAUUCAUGAACGCGACAUUUGAUCGAUUGCCAUUAGACGAUGAUGAUCUUGUUGCCACUGCCGCCGUGUCUGCUCAAAACCAACAUUACCAGAAGAAUCAUCAACGUCAUCAGGUCGAUGUUCCUGAUAUCUAUGGCUUACCACAGAGUGUAAUUACCAAUGGUUCUUUGCAUCCCGAGGUCUAUUCAUGGGCACCUGGACGGACUUUAUCAAAGUCCUAGAUUAGUUGAACAGUCCAAAGUUGAAAAAUAAUAAUCAGUAAUCAAGAAGGAAUCCUAAAAUGUAGUCAUUUAAUACAUAGUAGUACUUGUUUUAUUCAGUUCAAUUCUAUUAUAAGCCCUUUAAUUGAUACAAAGAAAAUCACAGGACAAUCGUACUUCAACACUGAUAGUAUAUUAGAAAUGUUCUUUUAGUUGUAUUGACCAUCUUCACAAGAAAUAGGUUAAAUUUAACAUAAGGU